GAGAUUGUUUAUACAGUGUCAAAGACUGGCGGACAUUUAAGUUCAAGCCUAGGUGUGGCUGAGUUAACUGUGGCACUUCACCAUGUAUUCAACACUCCUCAAGACAAGAUCAUUUGGGAUGUUGGUCAUCAGGUUAUAAUUACCAAAUUAUUUUCCUUUGGUAUUUUUACCAUAAACCUUAAUCUUUUUUAUGUGUCUAACCUUAAAUUUUUUGGGGGAUGUUGACACAGACCUAUGCUCAUAAGAUUUUAACUGGAAGAAGGUCGAAAAUGCACACAAUUAGACUUAUGUAUAUAUAUGGAAUGAUUUAGUCUAUAUAUUCAAAAUGUUAUGCAGUGGACAGAGAGUUGUUGUACAGGAAAAGAACAAAGACCAGUAAGUUUUUGUUUGUGCCUAGGAAAUCUUGUUUCUACAGAAUCAACAAUUAUAAAUUGAAUUUUCAGUCUUUGAUAUAAGCUAUAUAACUGGUUUAGUGCUAAGGAGUUGUUGUUUUUGCUGUGUUAAAUUUACCAUUAACUUAUAUUUGGUAGCUUCAGCUUGAUUUUAGAUUGUCUAUACUGUUUUUUUUGCUGGUUUAGUGCUGUCGUUUAUGGGGAAUCACCAGAUUAUGCCGAGAAGCGCAGUAGGUUAUGGCUCGACAAAAAUGUGCUUAAUAUGGUAUCAAAAGAUACUGUAAGAACUUCAUGCUUGGUUUUUGUUUUUAAAUUUAAUCCAACGUCAAAUGAUGCAAGAUAAACAUUGGCGAAUCAGUUGUUAGCAUCAAUUUGUUAUCUUUAUUUAACUCAGUAAGUAUGAAAAUUAGCUAUAUAUCUCCAAAAAAAAUACAAUAAAAAAUAGCUUGAUUGUGAAUCGUUUAGUGUUACUUGCUUCCUUAUGAGCUUCAAACCUCAUAAUUGCAUUCAGUUAUGCUCCUAGAAUUUUUACUGCCUUUUACUUCUGCUAUGCAUUUUAUUUUUCUGUUCAUUUUAUUUCACAGGGAACGUAGCUGUUACGGGACUGAAUUUGAAGUUGCCCAUGAUGGAUACAACAACUGAUUUCAAAACCAAAGCAUUUGAGAAGAUGAAGAGACUGAGAUUGCUUCAACUUGCUGGAAUACAAUUUGAUGGAAAGACAAACUGCAAUGAAGUCCUGUCCAGGAGCAGUUUACUGAAGGCCUACAAUGAAUGGCUGCUUACUUUGCAUACCUUAGUUACAGUGGUUAAGUGUUGGAAGAUGAAAGCUAUAAGAACAUACUCCAAGACACCAAUGGGAAUCACAUGGAGACUUUUGCUAUGGGAAGCUGUAGCACCAACAAAAGCACCACUCCCAAGUCCCUUUCCACAUCCUGGACUCAGAGCUAUGUUGUCCGGAACACCAAUCAAUAUGCUCUUGCUAUGGACAACCAGGUGGAGGACAGUGGAUACUUGUUUGAAGCAAAAACGAUAAAAAGAAUGGAAAUUUUGGUCCUUUCCACUCUUGGGUGGAAGAUGAAUCCUGUAACACCUCUCUCAUUUCUUGAUUAUAUCACAAGGAGACUUGGGGUUAAAGGGUAAUGUUUGUUAGGAGUUUCUCAGGACUCAGGAGGUGUGAAGCUGUUCUUCUCUCUGUCUUUGCAGAAAACCAUCAGGUUGGAUUACUGAGGAUAAGUCAAAUGGCCAUUGUAAGGUAAUUUGGGUGGAGCACUUAGAAUGCCAGAAGAGCACAGUUCAUACCAUGUAUCGAGCCAUUGUAAACAGUGGUCUAGCCUUUGGGCCAAGGCACUGGAUUACAACAUUGAAAAAUUAAAGAAUUCAAGCUGAAUUUACAGGUGAAUCCAGUUUCAGGGGGAUUGAGAGAAAAAAAGGAUGGAGCCCCAUACAGUACAAAGCAUUAACAUAGCCUGUAACCUUCCGAAGGAAGGUAUUAAAAAUUCAAUGGAUACUGAGUCAACUGAAGCAGAUGAAAGAAAAAAUGCCAAAGAAUAUUCUUCUUAUUCUGAUGAAAUGAAGGCACUAUCUGCUUCUGUCAUAAACAAAGAGUUUAGUUCAAAAAAUUUGAGAAAUUCUUUGGCUGGAACACAAGUUGGAUUUUUGAAGAAAAAACUUCUUGUUCUUGAUAUAAAGGGGGUGCUGAUGGAUAUAGUUUCUCCCCCUCCAAAGUAUUAUAGAGCAGAUGCAACCAUUGCCAGGCAAGCAAAUAUUAAUCCCUUCUCAGAGUCAGAAACAAGUUCUUCAAGAGAACCCAUUGUGGAUUUCGAGUCUCAAGAUAAGUCAAAACCUGGUUCUCAGUGGCAUGCAUUUCUUCAAUUGUUGAGGACCAAAUCAAAGAAGCUCUUAGCCAAAUUGCAUCCUCUCAGUGUCCUCAAGCUCUCAAGAAGAAUGAGCAGUAUCAUGAGGGAGACUAUACUUCCAAGUUGUAGAAUAGAUGCAGAUUCGUCCUUGCACAUGUCACCGUGGAAGAUCUUCACUCAGCAUGAGAUACAAAUUGCAACUAAUUAUUAUUUGACUGUAGGCAUUGCCAUAAUGAAGCUAAGAACUCUGAGGAGAUUAAUCCUAUGGAUCGCCAUGAUAUCCCACGCCAUGAAAUUAAAAAGGUGACAAGUCUAUGAUCAAGAGGAGAUACGUGUACUUAAGAGGAGAUCUUAAAAGAGAACCCCGAUGUUUGCAUUUAUAUGGCACCUUCUUUGGAUGCAACGCAAGAUAUGAUGGUGAUAGAGGUACCAAGACUAGGAAAAGAUGCUGCAACCAAGGCCAUAAAAGAAUGGGGCUAGCCAAAGUCCAAGAUUUCCAUGGAGUUGUUGCUAUUAAUUUUGGAGGAAAUAGUCUCUUGGUUUUUUUGUUUGUAUUCUAUUCUUUUUUUUUCACCCCUUUUCUGCAUUGGCAGAAGGAUAACGUGCUUUUAAGUUUUGCCAAAUAAUAUUUUCUUUCCAGUUUUGAGAAUAGUUGUCGAAUGAAAUUUGGAUUAAUAAGU